AUGUCCCCGACAGCCCUGCUCCGUCCGGCGCCCCUCUUCGCCAUCGCCGCCCUCCUCCGCGUCGGCCUCCUCCUCUACGGGACCUGGCAAGAUGCCCACUCGGCCCUCAAGUACACCGACAUAGACUACCUCGUCUUCACCGACGCGGCGCGCCUGGUAUGGCACGGCGGCUCCCCCUACGACCGCGACACCUACCGGUACACGCCCCUGCUGGCCUGGAUCCUGGCCCCGACCGCCGCCCCCCUGCCGGGCCUGUUCUCCGCGGGGAAGGUCCUGUUCGCCCUGGCCGACCUGGUGGCCGGCUGGCUCAUGCUGCGCAUCCUGCUGGUCAGCCAGCGUCUGCCCGUCGAGAGGGCCGGCGCCUUCGCCGCCAUAUGGCUCUGGAAUCCCAUGGUCGCCACCAUCAGCACCCGCGGCAGCUCCGAGGGCCUCCUCGGCGUCCUCACCGUCGCCGUGCUCUGGGCUGUCGGCGCCCGGAGGUUCGGCCUCGCGGGCGCCGUCCUCGGCCUGGCCGUGCAUCUCAAGAUCUACCCCUUCAUAUAUGCGCCCGCCAUCGUCUGGUGGAUGGACGAGAGCGCCCUGGGCAGGACGGACGGGAAGGCGGACCGGAAGGCUGAUCCGUCGUCGGCCGACGUCGUCGUCGCAUUCUUCUCCAGGGAGAGAAUCACCCUGGCUGCCACCAGUCUGGCCACCUUCUUCGGUCUCAACCUGGUCAUGUACUGCAUAUACGGCCAACCUUUCCUCGUCCACACCUUCCUCCACCACCUCUCCCGUCUCGAUCACCGUCACAACUUCUCCCCCUACAACAUCCUGCUGUACCUCACUUCCGCCUCUGCCGCUGGAGACGGACAUGUGUCGGUCCGUGCAGAGUCCCUCGCCUUCAUCCCCCAGCUCCUCCUCUCGUGUGUCCUGAUCCCCCUUCUCCUUGCCAAGAAGGAUCUGGCCACGUCCAUGCUGGCGCAGACGUUUGCCUUUGUCACUUUUAACAAGGUCUGCACAUCCCAGUACUUCCUAUGGUACAUGGUCUUCCUCCCCUUGUACCUCCCGCGCUCCUCCCUCCUGCGUAGCCGGCCCCUCGGCCUGACCGCCCUCGUCCUCUGGGUGGCCACCCAGGCCUCCUGGCUCCAGCAGGGCUACGAGCUCGAGUUCCUCGGCGAGAGCACCUUCUUCCCCGGCCUGUGGAUCGCCUCCCUCUCGUUCUUCCUGGUCAAUUGUUGGAUUCUGGCCAUCAUCAUUACGGAUGGUGCUACCGGGUAUGAAGAGGUCAAGGCUCAUACCGAGUAA